AGGAAGAUGACGUAACGCUUCCCCUUCAACGUCAUUCUUGCGCGACAGCCUCCUCCAGCCACACCGUCCCCAUGUGAAGCGAUUUUGGUAAAGUAUGUCAUUCAUUUUAUGAAUGACUUGUGCGUUAUUCCGACAAGUAAUAGCCGGUGGCUGCUGUUUGCAAAGAGUGCUGCGAGAGGAGGCCAAAGUGCGGACUUGAGAGCACUUCCUCUCCGCGACAAGGUCAGCAUUUAAAGUUACGUGACAGCCACACCACAGCUGAGCCUAAUUGGAAAACUACAUCAAAAUGGCACAAGGCGUGUUUAAGGUUUGAUGGGGAAUGGUACCUGGUGCUGCUGAAUAGUGAGAAAAUUCUUCUACCUGCUGCCUCCCACCUUCAGCCUGAUGGCCACUCGUUUCCUGGGCAGGUACGCCCGCCUCCUCUAUAGGGUCACCACUCAGGCUCCAGCUGCCCGCCAGCCUCCAUCGGCAAACAGGAUGAUCGGGCUGUAUGGGACUCAGUGCUGUGCUUUGGUCUCCAAGAGAUCGUUUUGCAAGGGCGUGAUGGCGAAAGACGAGGUCUUUACAAGUGCGCCGUUUCGCACGGAGCUGGAUGAGGUGUUGGAGAAGGCAACUGUGCCGGAGGAAGUCCUGAAAGCCUGGGAACAACUUGGAGGAGAUUCCAAUCAAGCUGCCAGGACACUGUUGGUUUGGACUAAGUUGAUGCGGAAGACAAAGGGCAAGUUUCAGCCAACCAAUUCAUCUGCGAUGGACUCCAGGCUGCGGGACAUGAUGGAGACUAUAACGAAACACAUACCAACAGUGUGGAACAACACCUUGGUGUCCAUCUUGCGAGCUGUUUGGGUUAUCGGCCUCCCCAACACGGAUCCAGUGUUGAAAUCUAUCCAAACAGAGGUCAUGUGGCGACUCCGUCGGCUAAACCCCAAGCAGCUAGCCUUCCUGGCGGAGUGGGGCACCGUCCCGACAUGGCGGCAGGAUGUGACGAUAGUGAACGCUGUGCUGAAACAGCUGGAACUGCGAUGGACGGAAAUCUCUGAUGCCAAAACUGUCAGCAUGCUAAUCGCCAAAGGAGAACACAUGUCACCGGCGUUGAUGGACAGACUAGAAGACACGGCUUUAGCGCUUGCUGAAGGUUUUACGGCGGAAGAAAUUCGCAAGGUGUGCGUGUCUUUAGCUUCCAUGGGCCGCAGAUCUGUGCCCCUUCUCCGGGCUCUGUCCUACCACCUCCUACAGAGGCCGUCAUCUGAAUUCAGCACUCAACUAAUACUGGACAUGGGCUUUUCAUACGGGAAGCUGAGUUUCCACCAGUCUCAAGUACUUCAGCGAAUGGCUGCCGAGUUGAUGCCCAACGUCUCUGAACUAACUUCAAGUGAUGUCACCCGCUUUGCAAAGUCCAUGGGCUUCCUCAAAUGGCUUCAUGUCCCGCUCUUUGAGGCCUUUGUAGAGCACUACGUGGAGCACAGUGAGAUGUACAGCAUUCUGCAGCUGUGCAACCUGCUCAUGACGUUUGCCAGACUGGACUUCCAGUCUGGCAAAGGACAACAGUUCUUUGGCAAGGUGCAUCCUGUACUGGAGAGCUCCCUCUCAGGCCUGGAACCUUUCCUUAGGACAGAUGUUGCAUGGUCGUUGUGUGUGCUACAGCAAGCCAGACCUCACUAUCUCACCCCGCUUUUGCAGCAGGAUCAUGCUGCAAAACUCUCAGAGGGCAGUCCUCAUCGAGCGGAGAACUACCGACUAAAGCUCCUCCACCUCGCUGCCACGCUGCACUUAGAACAUCCUGAAUCACCAAAGACUGCAGACACCUCAUCCAUCAUGAACGCUGUGCCUCAUACAGCCAGUAGCUCCUCCCUUUCCUCACUGCAGAGCAACCUGAGAGAGGCUUUGCACACUUUGGUGGAUGGGAGGGUGGAGCUGUAUCAGACAGGAGUCAACACUGUAUAUGGUUGGACUAUUGAGGGCGAGGUGCUAAUAGACUUUGACAACAAGCCCAUUGACUUCUCAAAGAUGAGAGCUCCUCAUCUUCUUGGUGGAGGAGGACAGCAGACGUUACCCGAAGGCUCACGGCAGAUUGCUUUCUUGGCUUGGGAAUUCCCUAACUUCAGCUUCAAGAGUAAAAACCUACUAGGACGGUUUAGCAUGAUGAAGCGGCACCUGCAGCUGGCUGGAUUCAUCCUCGUGGAUGCACAGUGUGGAAACAAUUAAGGUUCCAUAUUACGAGUGGUUGGAGCUCAAGACGCAGCGUCAGAAGUUGGCGUAUCUGAAAGACAAGAUGGGGAAGGCUGUGGCCGAAGACAUGGCCAAGUGAACCAGGUGCUCUUCAUCACAUUUGCAGGCAUGGAGGGGCUCCCACUCAAAUUAAUCCACAAGGAAAAUUGCAGGGGAGAAAUAUAUAUAUAUAUGUAUAUAUAUAUAUAUAUACACAUUAUAUAUAUAUAUAUAUAUAUAUAUAUAUAUAUAAUAUAUAUAUAAUAUAUAUAUAUUUACUGUGGUUCCCGUGGCAAUGUGUGGGGCUUUCCCUGUUACCAUGGAGAUGGCAGCAAGAGUUCUGGAGUCAGAAAUAAACCGAGGAGCGAGAGCUUCACUCGCUCUUUUAAGAUCCAGCUUUAAGGUGCUGCAUCUGUGAAGGACUUUUUCCUUUAUAACUGGUCAACGUGUGCGCUGCAGGACGCAGAAUCUGUCAAAUGAUGCUAAUCAAUAAAUGUGCGUGGAGUCAUCUUGUGUUGGAAUGAAAUAUUUAAUUGUGUCUCUGUGUGGUUUCUGGCACUUUGCAGUGGAUGGUACAUGGCUGUGUACAGUUGUAGCAACAUUCUGCAUCUCUCUUGUAAGCAGGUGUGAAAUCAAGCAGAGUGAAGCGGGGGGGUUGAGCAAGGCCUGAAGA